CCUGACUCUGUAUCUUAACAACCCGCCUCAGAAGACAUGCCUCUCAGAGUCGGUUUUGUCAGGGAACACUUUUCGUCUCCUCUACUUCAGUUCGCCGAAGCGGACGGAGGGAAGACCUUCACCCUCGUCGAGUGCCCCAGCGGCACUGGACAGUUGAUCGGCCGUCUCGAAAACAACGAAAUCGACGUCGCGAUUGCUCUCACGGACCCACUCAUCUCGGGGAUCGCGAAGGGCUCUAAGGCGUACAAGCUCGUUGGCAGCUAUGUGACGACCCCGCUUAACUGGGCUGUGAUCACGGGGAAGAACUCCGAGUACAACUCCAUAGCGGACCUUAAGGGAACUACUAUCGGCAUCUCACGCUAUGGGAGUGGAAGUCAGACCAUGGCCUACGUGAUGGCUCUGCAGCAGGGCUGGCCGACGAAGGACCUGAAGUUCAAAGUGAACAACGACAUCCGGGGCUUGCUCGACUCCGUCAACGACGGUUCCACGAGCGCGUUCAUGUGGGAGUGGUUCACCACCAAGCCCUUCGUCGACGCCGGCGAGGCCCGCUUCAUUGGUUCCGUGCCGACGCCCUGGCCUUCGUGGCUUAUCGCCGCACACCCCGAGCGGGCACCCGCAGACUCGCUGCGUGAAUUCCUCGGCACGUUGUCGACGUACGUGCGCGAGUUCAACUCGCGGGAGAACCGCGCCGGGCCGGACGUCCAGUUCAUCAGCGAAAAAUUCGGGUACCCCGAGGAGGACAUCCAGGCUUGGCUGAAGACGGUCGGAUACCCGGAAGACUGUGCGGCGAUUCCUCGGAAGAUCAUCACGGAGACACUCGACGUGCUUCUGGAGGCUGGCUUCGUUCACGCACCCGAGGGCGGUUUCCAAGUCGAGCAGUUCGUCGACACCGAGCUUGUUCACCUCACCUAGGCUAUGUUUGUUCGGGCGGAAGGGAAGGUUUCAAAGAAGUUCAUCAACAUGUAUUAGCACAAGCAGAAAGCGUCACGCAGAAUAUGGGAUAGCCGUAGGCCUCCGACCGAGUUGUCUAGCGUAGGCAGUGAAUUGAGCCUGGGCGCGAGCAGCGAGGGUAAUAGAGAAAGAUAUUGUUGAGCACGGGCGGGGUAGCGCGAUAGUAUGAUUGGUGGCAAUACAGUGGAAGAGGUAAGGUAAUAUCGACAGGAAAUAUUGGGUGUAGCUAGAUGAACGAGAGACCGAGACGUCUGAGGCGAGCCAACACUGCGGACCGAUACACACGAGAGCAGCGGGGCCGCUGCUCGGCAGGUGCACGCCGCACCCGGAUCGAAGCCAAGAGUAGCAACUAGAAAGAGCGAGGGAGGCGGACAGUAGCGUAGGCUCUGGCAGCGGGAGCAAGUAAACAAGACAUUAUACUUGGCCAUGGACAAUAGCAAAAUGCCUGGGGGGGCGGUAUGGAGACAGUUGAACCAAAGAGAAACGGGCCACCUGGAAUUAUGAAGGUACUGGACGAUAGUGGGCGUGGGCGAUUGAGAUUGGCUACAGCAUUGGUGAUCGUGAAGAUUCAGAGCGGGAUGAAGCGUCCUCUAGCAACAGCAGUGUCAAGUAGAAACCAAAAAAAGAGAGUCAAGCAAACGUCCUAUUGCUGUGUCCUCGCGGCAGCGGGGCUCAUCAAAUUCACAUUCACGGGUAUCCUGUCGGCCGGCUCAGGGGGGUGCACGAGCGUGUCGAUAUAUCCAUCCACGUUAGGGACCAGCAACUUGAACCACAGCCGCCCGCCCCCGCUCUUCUCCCUCACGAUCUCCCACUGGUCCCGCCUCCUCAGCCCGUACGCGUUGCUGCCCCCGUUGAGCGCGUCGAUCAGUGUCUGCCGGCCCUCGCGCGUCCCCUCCGCCUCGAGCACCCACUCCCCGUGCCACCCCCGCCCGAGCUCCAUGCCCGCCUCCGUCCCGCUCCCGGACCCGACGUACGGGAUGCGCGCGAGCCACAUGUACUUGCGGACCAUCGCGAAGCCCGAGGGCGAGUGCGGGCUCGGCACGCGCGUCGCGACGUUCACGAGCUUCAUGUCGUGCACCGGCUCGAGGCCCGUCACGCGCGACCUCCUGCUUGCGCUUGGCGUGGGUGCGCCCGCGCCCGCGCUGCCUGGGCGUGAGACCGACGGGGGCCGUGAGAGGGACAUCGGGGACCCCGAGAGCGCCUGCGGGAGCGCGAGCACGAACACGGGGUUCACGAACGCUGGGAUGAUGUUCGCGUAGUAGAAUGGGGACGGCAGCGUGAGCGGGCUCGCCAGCGGGGGCGGGCUCGGGGGAAUGUACGGCACGAGGCAGUCGCCGUUGAACAUGAGCCACUUCUGCCGCUGCGCCUCGCGCAGGCCCUCGCUGCUGCUCUGCGGGCUCGGGACCGGGGGCACGUAGCCGAAGUUGCAGACGAUGUCCCCGUCGGAGAGAUGCUCCCAGAGGCCCGCGCGGAUGAGCUCCUCCUCGCACGCGCCGAUCGCGGUCUCGUCGAGCUCCGUGCACGGGACGAACACCCGCAGCACGGGCGCGCGUACCCUCGAGGUCGCCAGGAAUAGAUCGUGGGCAGACGUUCCCCUCGGCACGGCCACGCCGAGCGGCGCACUAGUGCCAGUGCCAGCGACCGACUUCGGUCCGGAACUGAGCUCGGCCCUCGUCGAGGACGAGGCGCGGCGAUGGCCCCCUUCGCUCAAGGGAGACGGGCUCCCGUCCGAGUCGGUGUUUGUGUGGGUGACGGACGGCGGCCGGGACAGCGAAGACUCGCUCGAGUAGCUAAUGGACCCGAAGCGUCGAUGGGGCGCCUUGAGCUCUCCGUCCGACGUCAGCCAGCCGUCUUCGUCUAUGCCGAGCGCUGAAAAGCCCGAGCCCGACACGGACAUGGAUCCGUUGCGCUUGUGUUGGUUGCUGGAGCCGGGAAGCGUGCGGCGCCAGCUCCCAGAGUACAUCUUCAGCGCGAGCGGAUCCGCAGAGGGCGGCGGCGGGGGGACCUUGGUGUUCUUGCGGAUGAGCGACGAGAAACCGGACGAUUUGUUAGAGCGCGGGAUCGUCUCUGCGAGCGUCGGCGUGCGCUUCAGGCUCUGCGGGGCUGCGGGGCUAAGGCUCUGACUCGAGGAGGCAACGCUCCGGAUCGUACCAGAUCGGUUGAGGACCCGUCGCAUGGCCGAGCUCUUUGCUAGUGGGCCUUCCUGCGAGGGCGCGCGAGGGGAGUCGACGAGCACAUCGUCCGAGACGGUGGCGAUGGCGCUCGGGGAUGCAAGUGGUGCCGGAAACACGAGUUGGCGGACGCCGUGGUGCUGCGGGGUACGCAGGCUGCUCGACCGAGGUGAGCUCACUAGCUCGUCGAAUUCUUCGGAGUCAGACGAGGGGGAAGGCGAUGCGCUGUGCACGAGGGACUGGAGGAAGAGGACGAAGCGCGAAUGGGCUAAUGAGAGAGAUGCUAAUCUCAUAGCAGCGGCGCGGAUUUUCAGCUGGUCCUCGCCGCGCGCCAGCCUAUUAAGCAGCACCAUAGACUGCAUUGGAUAUGUAUGUAGAGGCACGUAUUGUGAGGUCAUGAGGAGCGCGAACUGGUGGACGUCGAUGCGGACGUCGGACAUCUGGUGAAUGUCGCAUAGUUGCAGCGCGUAGGUGUAUCCGGGAACAAAAUGCGAGAGGAUGAUGUGCCUGCAGUCGGCAAUCGCCCAGAGGUCAUGUCGGAAUGCACGGCAUGCGUUCAAGAGUGCAUGGAAGUCCUGCCAUGUGGUAGUGUGGAGGAAUGCAGCAAGGAGGGAGGGUGCUUUGAGGGCACGAAAAAACAUUCGCGGGGAGCGUUUGGAAGGACGGGGGACGUGUCGUGAGCGGGAAGGGCGAGAAGAGAUAAUCUGGUCAGCCCCGGGGACGGAAGUGAGGGGUGGCCGCAAGCUGGAGGGAGCGUCGGUCCAAGCGGAGGGGAUGGGUGGGAGAGGCCGUUCCCUAGAUUUUGUAGAGACGGGCAUCGUGGUGGGAACGAGGGAGAUGAUGUGGAUGGCCGCUGGGGAGAGCGUUCAGGA